UGCUGGUCGAAGCAGCUCAAGGAAAGCAAGCAGAGCCCCACGACAAUGGCGGGCAACUUGUCGCAUUUCUGGCAGCUUGCUUCUGCAUCGACGUCGGACCGCUUGGCGUCAUCAUCAUCGCUUGUUUCGUCGCUCGUUGAGAAGCAACAGUCGCUGGGGGAGCCCUCGAAGCAGGUGCCAGAGCGUCUCUUCGCCGAUAAUCUCGGAAAGGAUGAUGGCAGGGGGACGCUUACCGUCAGCGAGGAGCAGACGAGAGAGGCAGAGGCAUCCUUGGAGGCGCACAAUGCCAGCGAUGUCGUCUAUUCGGUCAAGAGGCUGUUGAAGGGCUUGGCGAGCCACCGAGAGAGCUCUCGUCUGGGCUUCGCAGUCACCCUGAGCGAGCUUCUGGCUCGGCUGUCCACUGUAUCGGCUAGCCAGAUCAUCACCCUCGUGCUCCACUACUCGACCUCCCCGGCAAAAGUCAAGGGCCAGGAAGAGCGUGACCUCAUGUUUGCACGCCUGUUCGGCAUCUUUGCAGUUGUACGAUCUGGAGCCCUGUUCCGGUCGGGCGCCUCCGGGCUGGAAAACUUUACCUGGACCCUCGACAUUCUCCAGGCUCUCAGCCAAGGAAAGGAGUGGUUCGCAGAGAGCUGCGCCUGGGUCACCGUGCAGCUGCUCGACGCGCUUGCCAAGGCCGACGACCUGCACUGGCGAGACGAUGCCUUCAAUAUGGUCGCCCAGCGCUUGUCUGUUGCGCAGGAGUCUCGUCCUGAGAGCCUCGCUGUUCUUCUUAAGCUUCGACGCGAAGCUUUGCCAUUGGCCAAGGGUGUUCGGUUGCCCGCGCUCAAAGAGCAGGACCCGCUUGCUACGUCCAACUUGGCGGUGCUGGCCAAGUUGCUGAAGAACGCAUCCUCGCUCGAGGAGACAGACGGACAAGAGGAAAAGGGUGGUGGAAAUGGCUACUGGAAUGCCCAGGUCCAUUUCGUCUGGGACCUCAUCCUCGAUGACUACGCCCAGGAGAGCUUCGUGCCAUCGCAAAAGAGCCGCGCCUCGUUCUCAGAGCAUUUCCGCAUCGUCGUCGACGAGACUCUCUUUGGUGUCUCGGCAUCACCGGAGCGCAAGUCCUGGGGCUUCCAAGUGUUUGAGAAGGCCGUCGCACGGGUGCCCGCCAAUCAGCUCUCUUCCCUCUUCACACCAAACUUCAUGCGAACUUGGAUGAAUCAUCUAGCAGGCAAAGAUCGCCUCCUCCACGGCGCUGCACACCACGCAGCUGCCGUCGUAAGAGACGCUGUCAAGAACAAUCCAGCAUCUGGGUUCCUCAUCGUGGCUCAAUUGCUGGGCAAAAACGGGCACCAAAACUUUGACCAGGUGACGAAGAGCAAGACGGUCGAGUCAAUUUUGUCCUUGACCAACUUCGAUGGUGUCAACCAACACAUCAUUCGGCUCCUCGACGUAGCCGGUGAGGGCGCACUGGAAGCCGAGGAGAAGGGCGAUGAGGAAGCACUGCAGAGCAUCGACGCUCGGCGUAAGAUGGUGUUAGAUCAGGUCCUGGCUCUUUUGCGCAACGCCAGCAUCCCAAAGAGCGACGAGACCGUCGACAUCGUCCUCACCUUCUUCAUCGUGCAUGGGUUCUUCCGGAUCGUCAAAUUGCCCAAGGACGCCAGCAGGGUUUUGAAUAAGGCAGCUGGCACGACAUUCUCGGACAAAGUCAAGGCGGCAUGCCGUACCCAUUUCAUCUCGUGCAUCAACGAACUUGUGGGUCAGACCUCGACCGUUGUUGAGGGCGAGGCGAAGGGUAGGAAACUUCGAGGCGCAUCUUCGUCCGGCGAGCUUUGGCUGUCGCGGGCAUUCGGCAUCUUUGAGUCUCUGCGAAACUCUGCGAAGAAUAACAAGCUCCUAGUCACCGUCCAGGAGGGGGGCGAAUCGCUCCUGCAGCGUGCUCGCGAGCAGCUGUCAGCGGUACGCAAGUCCACCUAUGCAUCGCAAGAGAAAAGAAGGGCGUUUGAGUCUCUGCUCCUUGCAGGAUACUUUGUAUCUCUGCAGAAUGCGAGGGAGGAAGACUUUGAGGUUGUCGAAAGGCUCUUGGACUGCGGCGAUCGAAUGCUCCUCAUGAGCGAGAGCGAGCGAGUGGCAAAGCACCCCGAUGAGCCCGCUCCGGUAGAGCUGCUGGUCGAUUGCCUCGUCGGGUUCCUCGAGCUGUCUUCUGCAUUCCUUCGUCGCGUGGCUAGCCAGACCUUUGCUUCCUUUACCGAUGAGAUGACGCGCGAUAGCGUUGCUCAUCUCGUCAAUCAGCUCGGCGUGGGCGACGAAGACGACGAGGCCGAUGGGGCCGACGAAGACGAGGAGAUGGACGAAGAUGAGGCAGACUCAGGAGGCAUCGCCUCCCUCUCGCAAACGUCGGCGACCAGCUCCAGCUCUGACGAUGACGAUGAGGAAGAGGACGAAGAGCUGGACGAUGACAAUGGCGGCCAAGGAGAAGAUGUGGAUCCCGUCUUGAGGGCUCGUGUGCAGGAAGCCCUGCAAGCCGGCGGCAUCGCCGAUAGCGAGGCGAGCGACGAGGAUGACGAUGAGGGCGACAAUUCUUCCAGCUCCGAUGUUUCGGAUCUUGACGACGACCAGAUGAUGCUCAUCGACGACAAGCUGGCCGAGAUCUUCCGAGAGCGGGUGUCCAGCAAGAGGGAACAAGAGGAUGCCAAGAAGGAAGGCUUGAUCUUUCAAAACAAGAUCCUGGACCUCAUCGAGAUCUUUGCCCGGCAGCAGAGGUCGAGUCCCCUUUGCCUUGGGCUAGUCCAGCCGCUCUUUGUCCUGUGUCUGGAGAAGGACCCUGGUUUCAAGCAGAUCUCGUCGAAGGCCGAAAGCAUUCUGAUGCAAAUUCUGCGAGGUGGCAGGACGUCGGACAUGGCUAUUUCGGAGGUGGCCCAGCAUCUGGAGAAGAUUCACAGCAUGGCUUGCCACGGCGAUGCGCCCGCCAGCCUUUGCAACGCCGCCAACCUUUACUUGACACGCUGCUGCCUUCGAAGCACGAGCGACGACGUUUUCGAGCUGCCGCCCGCGGAUCAAGGAGGGUCAAAGAUCAGGGACAUCUACCAGUCGACUAUCGAAGACUUCAUGACUCGCAAGGCCUCGCUGCUCAAGCCGAACUUCAUCACCGAUGCAUGCAAGCGCUUUCCGCGGCUUGGUUGGGCGCUGCGAACCAAGAUUGUUGCGUCUUGCCGGCCUGGCGCAGCCACACAGGGCUAUCAGCAGGCGCAGGCUUUCGAAAUGCUCCAGAUCAUCCUAAAUGGCAAGGACUCGAAGGAGGCUGACCUGUUUGAAGACCGGUUGACCUUCAUGCCGGUCGUGGCCGAGGCUCUCUUUGCGUUCCUGCGCGACGCCGCUUCGUCUGACCAGACCUCAAAUCGGGUGCGCGAUGUAAUCAAGUGCGGCAUCCAGUUUGUUCGAGCGACACAGCGUGCCGCAAGUGGUACAGCGGGCGGAGAUGAAGAGGCAAAGGGGAAGGUUGUUGGGACCAUCUGGAAGGUGGCCAAGAUUCAAGAGAUCGCGCAGCAGCUCGACGUGUCUGAAAAGUUUGGCAAAUCGAGCGCCAUUCAAGGUCUGCUUAAGCAGAUGCACUCUCUCGUCGAUCCAUCGUCGUCCAAGAAGAAUUCCAAGGCAAACAAAGCAGCCGUGCAAGGCAGUGAGAUCAAGGCAAAAAAUAGCGAAAAGAGCAAAAGUGGCAGCGCAUACGCAGCUGCUGCACCCUCUUCGGCAACAAAGCGCGGCGUCGACGGGAAAUCCAAUCACCCUGAGCUUGCUGCUGAAGGAAGCAAGACGAAGAAGAAAAAGAUGAAUAGGGCUUGAUCCAUAUUAGUUGCAUCAUCAAUCAUCGGCAAUGCGCUUCUGUACCAUAGCAACCCCUCUCUGCUUCUCUCACGG